AUGGAGAAGGCUGCUGAGCUUGGACACCUGGAAAUCUGCCCCCCAACCUUUGCUUCAGUGGUUGUUAACCUGCUCAACCUUGAAGCUGAACUCAGGGACAGACUUGGGGACUCCAAUGCGCCCUGCCCCACGUCGCCGUCACCGUCCCGGCUGGGGACAGACCUGGGGACCCCGGUGCCCCCGCGAGGCGCCUGGCUUCGGCAGGUGCACGGCCGCGCUGACAGCCGGUCGGCAGAGGAGGCGGGCGCCAUGCAGGACCUGCGCGCCGGGUCCCCGGUAAGCGCGGCUCAGCCCGGGUCCCCGGGCCGCGAGGGACGGGGGCCACCUCGACCUCCAGGUGGGGACCUAACGUCCCCAGGUGUGCCCAAGGCUGCAGGAAACGCCUCGGGUGACAACUUGGGUGCUGGCCGCAGCCUUCCGGGGCCGGGCUGGGCUGAGCCCACCUGCUGCUCUUUUGCUCAACGCGGGCUUUUCUGGAAGGUUUCUGCGGAGAGAAGUCCCAGGCAAAGACAAUGGCGACCCCAAAUCCACAGGAAAUGCACCGACCCCGCCUGGCUGCUCCUGUUCUUUCUGUUCUGGACGGGUCUGGUGUUCAUCACGGGCUAUUCCGUGGUGGCUGGAGCCACGGGCAGGCUGCUCUUUGGCUACGACAGCUUCGGUAACGUGUGUGGCAAGAGGAACUCCCCAGUGGACGGGGCCCCAUUUUCUGGGCAGGACAUGACCCUAAAAAGUAAACAUGUGUUCUUCAUGAACUCCUGUGACCUGGAUGUCAGGAAGAAGAGGCCGGGUCCUACCGCCCUCUGCGUGUCCAGCUGUCCUGAGGAGCAGCUCAACACCCUGGAGGAGGUCCAGCUCUUCGCCAACACCAAUGGGUCUUUCCUGUGUGUCUACAGCUUGAAUUCCCUCAACUACACCCAGAGUCCAGACGCAGACAGGCUGUGCCCCCGGUUGCCAGUUCCUCCCAGCAAGUCUUUCCCCUUGUUUAACCGGUGCAUUCCUCAGACGUCCCAGUGUUACUCCGCCUUUGCCUCCACGAUGAUCAAUGACCUUGACACCCUCCAUCGAAUUCUCAGUGGAAUCAUGGCAGGAAGAGACACCGUCCUCGGCCUGUGUUUCCUCGCACUAGCUUUGUCUGUGGCAAUGCUGUUCACCUUCUGGUUGCUCACCACGCUCCUGGUUCACAUUUUCAUUUCAUUGGUUGUUUUGGGAUUGCUGUUUGUCUGCGGCGUCUUGUGGUGGCUGUAUUAUGACUACACCAAUGACCUCAGCACAGAGUUGGACACAGAAAGGGAAAACAUGAAGUGCGUGCUGGGUUUUGCUAUUGUAUCUUCGGUCAUCACGGUAAUUCUGCUCAUCUUGAUUUUUGUCCUCAGAAAGAGAAUAAAACUGACAGUUGAGCUUUUCCAAGUCACCCACAAAGCCAUCCGCACCACUCCUUUCCUGCUGCUCCAGCCAGUGUGGACAUUUGCCAUCCUCAUGUUUUUCUGGGUCCUCUGGGUUGCUGUGCUGCUGAGCCUGGGAACUGCAGGUGCUGCCCGGGUUAUGGAAAAUGGCCAAGUGGAAUACGAGCCUAUCUCCGGCAUUCGGUACCUGUGGUGGUACCAUUUAAUCGGCCUCCUCUGGACGAGUGAAUUCAUCCUUGCGUGCCAGCAAAUGACUGUUGCUGGAGCUGUGGUGUCUUGUUAUUUCAACAGAAAUAAGAAUGACCCUCCCGACCGUCCAAUCCUGUCGUCCCUCUCCGUUCUUUUCUGCUACCACCAAGGGACAGUAGUGAAAGGGUCAUUUUUCAUCACUGUGACGAGGAUUCCAAGGGUUGUUCUCAUGUGCAUCCACAACACUGUGAAAGGGAAGCAGCACAGUGCAUGGUCGAGGGAUGCAUCCAAAUGCUGCUAUUGCGGCUUUUGGUGCCUUGGGAAAUGCCUGCUCCAUCUCAACCAGAGUGCAUACACUGCAGCUGCCAUUAACGGGACAGAUUUUUGUACAUCAGCAAAAGAUGCACUGAAAAUCUUAUCUAAGAAUUCGAGUCACUUCCUGUCUGUUUGCUGCUUUGGAAGCUCCAUCAUUUUUCUAGGAAAGGUGCUGGCAGUGUGCCUCACGGUCUUCGCAGGACUGCUGGCGUUUAACUACAGCCGAGCGCUGCAGGUGUGGGGCAUCCCGCUGCUCCUGGUGGCCUUUUUCGCCUUCUUUGUGGCUCACAGCUUCUUAUCUGUCUUUGAAACUGUUCUGGACACGCUGCUCCUGUGCUUCGCUGUGGAUCUGGAUACAAAUGAUGGAUCAUCAGAAAGGCCCUACUUCAUGGACCAAGAGUUUUUGAGUUUUGUGAAAAGGAUUCACAGAUUUCACAAUGCAGGCUCAGAGCAAGAUGAGAACCCGCUAAGGAAACAAGAGGGACCAGAACUCCAUCCCAUUGUGAGCUAGGUGCUCAUCAGAUGUGUACCCAGAA